UGGUCCAAGGAAGGAGCCCACGUGGGUCGGGUUUCGGGGUCUGCGCGGGCAGUGGGCGCCAUGGGCAAGCUGCGCCGGCGCUACAACGUCAGGGGGCGUCAGCAGGCGGCCCCCGGGCCCGCCCAGGGUCCCCCGGAGCCGCCCGCUGUGCGGCUGGAGCUGCAGGACAAGGACACACUGAAAGGCGUGGACACGAGCAAUGCACUGGUCCUGCCCGGCACGCGCAGGAAGAAGGCCCGAGCCCCGCCCCUGUCCAAGAAGGAGAAGAAGCCCCUGACCAAGAGAGAGCGGAAAAUGCUUCAGAGAGUCUUAGAGCAGAAGGAGAAGAAGAACAAACGAGCCGAACUGCUGCAGCAGCUGAGCGAAGUUCAGGCCCCGGUCUCGGAGCUGAAGCUCUUGUACACCACGUCCCAGCUGGGCACAGGGCAGCGCAUGUACCACACCAAGGAGAAGCUGGACGAGGCCCUGGCCCCAGGUCAGAAGGUCAGCAGCCUCAGCGGGGCGCACCGGAAGCGCCCCCUUUCUGAGUCGGAGGAGGAGAGCUCAGACCAGUUAGAGGUGGACGAGGCCCCUGCCGGCCAGCAGAGUGAGGUGGCCACAGGUCCGGAGGCAACGUGCCUGCCCCACAGGGCCAGCGCCGAGAGCCCCCCGCCCAGCACUCCCCCUGCUCCGCCUGGGACCCCUGCGGCCCCCCCGGAGGCAGCCACCAGGCAGACCCGGCCCCCCUCGAAGCCGGCCGUCUUCAUCCCUGUGAACCGCACCCCAGAAAUGCAGGAGGAGCGGCUGCGGCUCCCGAUCCUCUCGGAGGAGCAGACCAUCAUGGAGGCGGUGGCCGAGCACCCAGUGGUCAUCGUGUGUGGCGAGACAGGCAGUGGCAAGACCACGCAGGUGCCUCAGUUCCUGUAUGAGGCCGGUUACAGCAGUGAUGGCAGCGUCAUCGGCAUCACAGAGCCCCGCCGAGUGGCCGCCGUGGCCAUGUCCCAGCGCGUGGCCAGGGAGAUGAACCUGUCAUCACGAGUGGUCUCCUACCAGAUCCGCUAUGAGGGCAACGUCACGGAUGACACGAGGAUCAAGUUCAUGACGGACGGUGUGCUGCUCAAGGAGAUCCAGAAGGACUUCCUGCUGCGGAGGUACAAGGUGGUGGUCAUCGACGAGGCCCACGAGAGGAGCGUGUACACGGACAUCAUCAUCGGCCUCCUGUCCCGCAUCGUGACCCUGCGGGCCAAGAGGGACAUGCCGCUCAAGCUGGUGAUCAUGUCGGCGACGCUGCGCGUGGAGGACUUCACACAGAACCCACGGCUCUUCGCCCAGCCGCCCCCUGUCAUCAAGGUGGCGUCGCGGCAGUUCCCGGUGACCGUGCACUUUAACAAGCGGACGCCCCUGGAGGACUACUGCGGCGAGACCUUCCGCAAGGUCUGCAAGAUCCACCGGAUGCUGCCGGCCGGCGGCAUCCUGGUGUUCCUGACUGGGCAGGCGGAGGUGCACGCCUUGUGCCGCAGGCUCCGGAAGGCCUUUCCCCACACCCGCUGCCACCCCCCAGAGGACGCCGAGAAAGAAUCCGCAGAGGAGAUGCGCAAGUUCAAGAAGUCGCGGGCGCGAGCCAGGAAGACCCAGGCCGCGACGCUGCCCAAGAUCAGCCUGGACAGCUACUCGGUGCUGCCUGCGGGCGAGGGCGACGAGGACAGGGAGGCGGAGAUGGACGAGGAGGAGGAUGCCCUCGGCUCCGACCUGGACCUGGACUUAGGGGACGGCGGGGCAGAUGGAGGCGAGCAGCCCGACGCCUCACUCCCACUCCACGUGCUCCCGCUCUACUCACUGCUGGCGCCCGAGAAACAGGCUCAGGUCUUCAAGCCUCCCCCGGAGGGGACACGGCUAUGCGUGGUAGCCACCAAUGUGGCUGAGACAUCCCUCACCAUCCCGGGCAUCAAGUACGUGGUGGACUGCGGAAAGGUCAAGAAGCGUUUCUACGACCGUGUCACCGCCGUGUCGUCCUUCCGCGUCACCUGGGUCUCCCAGGCCUCUGCAGACCAGCGGGCAGGCCGCGCUGGCCGCACAGAGCCUGGCCACUGCUACAGGCUCUACUCCUCCGCAGUUUUCGGGGACUUCGAGAAGUUUCCUCCUCCUGAGAUCACCCGGAGGCCCGUGGAGGACUUGAUCCUGCAGAUGAAGGCGCUCAACAUCGAGAAGGUCAUCAACUUCCCCUUCCCUACGCCCCCUUCUGUGGAGUCUCUCAUCGCAGCCGAGGAGCUGCUGGUAGCUCUGGGCGCCCUGGAGGCACCCCCGAGGACAGCAAGGCUGAAGCAGCUGCAGAGUCUACAGCUGAGCUGCCCCAUCACGGCGCUGGGCAGGACCAUGGCCGGCUUCCCUGUGGCACCCCGCUACGCCAAGAUGUUGGCGCUGAGCAGCCAGCAUGGCUGUCUGCCCUACGCCGUCACCGUCGUGGCCGCCAUGACCGUCCGGGAGCUAUUCGAGGAGCUGGACAGGCCGGCGUCCAGCGACCAGGAGCUUGCCCAGCUGAAGGUCCGCCGGGCGCGGGUGGCCCAGAUGAAGCGGGUCUGGGCCGGACAGGGCGCAUCGCUGAAGCUUGGCGACGUCAUGGUGCUGCUGGGUGCCGUGGGGGCCUGUGAGUUUGCAGGCUGCUCGCCGCAGUUCUGCGAGGCCCACGGGCUGCGGUACAAGGCCAUGCUGGAGAUCCGCCGUCUGCGUGGCCAGCUGACCACGGCAGUCAAUACUGUGUGCCCCGAGGUCGGACUCUUCGUGGACCCCCAGAUGCAACCCCCCUCCGAGAGCCAGGUCACCUUCCUGCGGCAGAUCGUGGUGGCCGGCAUGGGCGACCACCUGGCCCGCAGGGUGCAGAGCGAAGAGCUGUUGGACCCCGCCUGGAAGAACGCCUACAAGACGCCCCUGCUCGACGACCCCGUCUUCAUCCACCCCGGCUCCGUGCUCUUCAGGGAGCUCCCCGAGUUCGUGGUCUACCAGGAGAUCGUGGAGACCACCAAGAUGUACAUGAAAGGCGUCUCGGCCGUGGAGCCCCAGUGGGUGCCGCAGCUGCUGCCGUCCUACUGCCAGUUCGACCCGCCGCGGGAGGACCCGCCCCCCGCCUACUGCGACACGCGGGGCCGCGUGCAGUGCCACCGCAGUAGCGUGUUCUAUCGCGUCGGCUGGCCCCUCCCCGCCGUCCAGGUGGAUUUCCCCGACGGCAUCGACUGCUACAAGCACUUUGCCCGCUUCUUGCUGGAAGGACAGGUCUUCCCCAAGCUGGCCUCAUUCUGCAGCAGUCUGCUGUCCAGCCCUGGCACCAUGCUGAAGACGUGGGCCAGGCUGCAGCCCCGCACCGAGCACCUCCUGCAGGCAUUGGUCACCCAGAAGGCUGACAGCCGCGACGCUGUGCUGGCCGCCUGGGAGAAGAACCCAAGAUACCUGCUGCCCGAGUACUGCGAGUGGCUGCCACAGUCCCUGCACAGCGCUGUGGAGAAGGCCUGGCCCCCACGCUGACCCUGCUGACCUCAGCCUGAGCCUGACUGCAGUCUGCUCCAAGGAG